AUGGGAUCGUCCGCCGAAGAAACGAGCAACAAGUCAGAAGGACCACCACGACACGACGUGCCUUGGAGAGGACAGUUGGCUAUGGGAUCGUCUGCCGAAGAAACGAGCAACAAGUCAGAAGGACCAAUAGGUCCCAUCAGCGACAAGUCAGAAGGACCAAUAGGUCCCAUCAGCGAUGAUGACACUACUAUUAUUCGAAGUGAGCGAGAGGUAGACAAGGUCGACGACAGCGACGAGAGUGACAGUCAGAGCCAAACACCGCACGAGAGACGGCGAAAGUCAAAAGCCUUGAUAUUUGCUCGAAACUGCAUUGUCAUUUUGGCACUCUUUGCACUUUUAUCGUUUGGCACAUCGACCUUUUCAAAAGCCAACGUUGUGCAGCCGUCAGAACAGGUCGUGAAACUGGGGAAUGCCAUGCAGCACGAAAUGAAAGAAGCUUUCGAGACUUUUGGAGAGUCAGUCUCUUUCCAGGAUGUCGAAGAACUUGAAGAGCCAUGGUACCCCUCUCAAAAAGUCAGUAGACCCCAAACCAAAAAAGACAGUAGACCCCAAACCAAAAAAGACAAGGGAAGACGAAAACGACCUCACAGAAAGAUAAAACCACGCCACCCUGAGAUUGGCUUGUCAGGCGACACGGAGCGACGGCUCCAAGGCAUGAUGGGAGGCAUGAUGGGAGGCCGUAGUGGCAGCUUUGACCGUAGUGGCAGCUUCAGCAGCGGGUUUUUCCGUCGUACCUUCAAUCCCACUCCCACUCCUUCUGCAAGUCCUUCGGCAUCUCCCGUUGGAUCACCAUCUGCAUCUCCCUCGCGACUACCAUCUGUCUCUCCAUCAACAACACCAUCUAAGCAACCGUCCACGUCGCCUACUACGUCCAAAGCACCAUCCCGCUCACCAUCCUCAUCUCCGUCUGAGUCGCCAUCUGUAUCAAAAAAUCCUUCUGGGCAACCAUCUUUAUCUCUGUCACCAUCUGUAUCGUCACGGCCUUCUAGAGUUCCAUCAUCAACGCCAUCCAUUUCGCCCACACUUUCAAAAGCCCCCUCUGUGUCUCCCUCGACAACACCGUCCAAGGCUCCAUCUUCCCCUCCCUCGAUUCGACCGUCCCAAUCGCCCUCCUUUGCAUUGCGCACCUUUCCUCCCACGGUAGCUCCAACAGAUGGACCACGGACGCCCCGUCCAACCUUUGGGACUGGGGGAUCUAGAUCUAGGUCCCGGAUGGGGAUGGGGAUGAUGAGAGGAAGGUCCUUCAGUAGUAUCGACCAGCAGCAGUUUGAUGCGGAACUACAAGACCUUAUUGCAUUCCUCCCACCAGACUUCUUGGCUCUCUUUGGAAACAACUGAAGAUAGCCUUUUGCUUUUGCCGGAAGUGGAACAUGAAAGAGCAGCUACAAGGGGGUUGUUUUCCUUGUCUGCUCUGCCCUC